AUGCUCAGCUCUCUUCCCUUUCCAUUUACAUCCAAUCGAUUGCAACCGAUGUAUAAGCGUGGCAACGACGGCGCUAUGAUUUUACAGCAGGAUCCGUUCCAGCUCGAGAUGAACUCAAACGCCCGGAGGGGGCUCUUCUCCACGAUGCCGGUGACCAGCGCGCACAGUUUCCGUUCGGCCUUAUCCCCGACGAGUAAGGUCAGGGACACUGUCAAGGUCAGCGCAAAGAUGAUGCUGAAUGUUGUUCUUGCUGAAAUGGGCUUGUCCGAGGCCAAGUUCAAGACCUACACGUGUGAAUAUGGGCUUGUGGGUGCCACUGUGUAUUUCUGGCAAUCAUCAGAGCCAACUAGAGUUCAUGGCAAGCCAGCUACGAAUGUUGAUGAGGCUAUGCAGAGUGCUGCAACUAAAUGUCUCGAGCAUCUUGCGGGAGCCAUGGAGAUAGAGUUCGAUUGCCCACAAGUAAAGAAUAUGAAAGUUGAGAUGACACGGCUGUCACGCAAUAUUGAUGACAGGGACAGCCAGAUCAGGUGCCUAAAGGCAAAGCUAAAGAAGAAGGAUGGGCAGGUCAGGGACCUAAGCAGGGGCUGGGGUUCAUUUGCUGAUGACAUAUACAAUUCUGGAGCUCGUAUUGAGAAAACGGCAGUCAACUAUCUGCCUUCAGGAGAUACUUCAGGUUCUUCUUCUGUUGUGAGUGAUGUGGCAUGGGAUUUCUAUGGUAUCAGUCAGGAAGCCGAGGACCUCACCCAGAUUUCUUUGAUGGCGUCUGAUGCGGUCCGGACCAUAGGCAUCUAUCCAUAUGACGCGGAGUCUGACUGCUCUGAGUUUGAUGAGUUCCCAGGUUUCUAUCCUUCUGAUGACGCCGAGGAAAACCGUCGUGGAAGCUUCCUUGAUGACGAAGACUUCCUCUUCGACGAGAAUGACUGAAACUUCAGGCACAGGAAGAAACGGAGGCCCUUUUGGUUUAUCGAGAACCUUCGCUUAAUUGUCGAGCUAAGCUUCGGUGCCUCCAUGAAAGGGUUGUGAAUCAAUGCAAUAUGCACCUGUCCAACCUUAGUGUAGAUUAUUUGUAAUCGGUACUAUGCCCCAGUAUUUCUAGAUGGAUGAUAGCAGGCAAUAUAUACCUGCAUAAGACUACUACCCUUCGCUAUUGUAAUUGUAAUCGGUACUAUCUAGAUGGAUGAUAGCAGGCGAUGUAUAUCUGCAUAAGACUACUACCCCUUAGCUCUCUGAUUUAUGAACCUGUCUAGUGUUUAGUUUGGUAUUACGUAUGUACCUCUUCUACUUCUGCUUGUCAC